UAUUAUGCAUAUGAGACUGUUAUCUCGUAAUUCGUAUGUUUUGUGGUUGGGAUUCAGUUGGCAUGUCUAACAUUAAGAACAAUGGAUUUCAAAACGCUAGUACAUGGAGAUAUAAGGGACAAAAGACUCGACUUCUACAUUUGGUAUAAACAAUAUUAAAAGGAUAUAAUGCACUAACUACUCAAAUAUUAAGUAACGGCACCAAAGAAAGUACCAAACCUUUGUUGUAAGAGUAUAAAGUUUCAACAUGCCUGAGAUAGGGUCUAUAAUGCGUACGCUGGAACUGCACCGGUUGGUGGAGGACAAAGUAUCAGAAUGGCGCGCUAGGUCAGCGCGGGUCACCGGUGCAAGUGUGAUCGAUUCUUAUCAACAACCAGUCAGCUUCAAACGACACACAAACAGACGCAAAAACAGCGCUGAAAUUAAUAGAAUUAUUGCAAAGUAUUCCAAGCCUCAUAAGAGAACGCUCGAGCCAUAUUUCUCAAACAAUAUAGAAACACCACCGACCCGUCCACCGAGGCAAAAAAAACUUUUGGCAAGAUUGAAAGUUAUGUCCAAAAGCGAAGAUAAUCUAACUAGCGUUGUGGGUGCAAUAGAUAUACAUCCAAAUCCGAGAAGAGAUGAACAUCAUACGAAAUUAUUUAAAUAUGAUGCUAAAAGCUGUGAAGACAUCACCGCAUUUGUCGACGUAAAUCAUAAGAUUAAAAGUCAAAAUUUUAGAGAAAAUAGUAUUUUGAAUGAAAGAUGUCCACCGAAGAAUAUAGUAUCAAAAUUACACAGUAUAAACGAAGAUAUGUUGGAUUAUACAGUAUUUAGUGAAAAUAGUAAAAAAAUAAACGAAAAUUUUGUUACGUCGACUCCGUUAUCUAAACGCAAAUCCUACCCAUCUAGUGAUUGUGUGACUGUGAAUGAUUUUGAAAAGUGUACCAAAUAUACUACUAAUGUAAAUGACAUUAGAAAAAGUAGUUCUGAACCUGACAUUUUAAGUGUUGGCCGAAGUACAGAGUCUCAGAAUACCAACAGGAGUCUGGAUUUAAGAAAGCGUUGGAAAUUAUUGAAGCCUGUUUUUCCAAAACGAGCUUUUAAUGGUUUAUUACGGUGGCGAAAGAAGAAACCGUGUGCUGAUAGUACACCUCGUAGAAUUCAAGAAGUGGACGACAGUUUCUUUGAGAAGUUUGGACAGAUUCUCAAACAAGCGUCACAAAGAGCUGCGUUAGAAGAAGCAACACCAUUGGCGCCUUUCAAGGAAGCUGAAGAGCAAGAUGGAGAUCAGAGUGCUGAAGUAGAUUCACAGAUCGAGAGUCGCAGUCUCGCAGACAGUGGACAUGGCACCCUUGUUGACGCAGAUUCAGAGCCCGGUGAUCUAGAAAAAAUAGAUUUAUACGAAGAAGCAGUAGGAUGGAAUGUCGAUGAACUUUACUUGGAAGUUUUAUACGAAAUUCUACACAAUGUCGGUGGCUGUGACGCAGGGAGUGAAGUCGAGCGGGCGGCCAUGCUUUCUUACGUACAAGAAGCAUUCAAAAUAUCGAAUGCUAAACAUACACAACUACUGACAUCAGCCGAGGCUAAAGAACCGCCAGAGUUAAUGUUAAAUGUAGAAGUAGUUGAAGCCAAAGAUCUUAUGCCCAAAGACCCGAAUGGGAUGAGUGACCCAUUCGUAACUAUAUAUAUAAUGUCGAAUACAGCACACCGGUACAAUACGUCAGUGAAAUCCUGCACACUAAAUCCUGUUUGGGAAGAACACUUUUCUCUACCAAUCCCUGGAAAACUGCACGAAGAUUCGCUCUGUUUAGAAGUCUGGGAUUUUGACCCAGCGGAGACAGUGAAGGAGAAAAUGACUAAAUUGUUUGAAGUGAAAGGCGUUAAAGGACUGCGUAAGUUGAUGAAGGAGAUCGCCAUCACAGCUUCAACUGGAAAGCAUGAUAAUGAACUUAUUGGCACCACCGACAUACCUCUCAAUUCUAUUCCAGCGGGCGGUAUGACUAUGUGGUUUAAUUUGAGCAAGAAAAGCAAGCUACGGAGGCAGGGCGUAGUGAAAGUUCGACUCAACUUUUCAUCGGAGAAGAAUUCGCAGGUGGCAGCGCAAGAGCACCGCCAUUUGCUCAGAAUUAUCUUAUUGCAUGAACUUGAAAAUUCUAAGGUCGCCCCUUAUUGGUGGUGUGGAAACUUCAGCGGUCCAGCUGAAGCGAUCCUCAUCCAACACGUGGCACAGAGCGGACUCUCCCCCACCGAUAAUUUGCUCGCGCAGUGGUCUGUCUAUUGCGCGAUCACCAUCGACCAUCCAUUAAGCUUCGCCCUCUUCAAUCAACUGCUUGAAAGGAUUGCAAAACCAUUACAAUCUGGUCUCGUUAAAGAAGAGGACGUAAAGCUAUUCUGGGAUGGUGCGAAGAAACUCCUACCGACAUGUUAUAGUUAUAUUAGAAAACUGAGGAGAAAAACGGCGGGCGAGAAAACAGCAAUGAAAUCCUUAAAAGAAGUUCUUAAUGUACUAUUUACUCUUUCUGGACUAGAUGUGCCAGAUGCAAUAGAUCUGUUCCCUAGUAACUUAUAUGGCUGGUUAGCGGACAAUGAGAAGAAUCAUAGCAUUCAUGAAGUAUUAAAUCAAGCUGUCGUGCAAGGUGCUUCAGAUUGGUUUAUCCACAUAAUUGAUAACAAUGAAUGUAAUGAUAAAUCUGAAGAAUCCAGAUUGCAACAUUUAAUUAGAGUAAUACAGUUAGUGCGCUCGGAUUUGCAACGAGCUGUUGAAUAUUAUGAUAGAAUUUUCGUUGAGACAAUGAAUUUCCCAUACUCUAAAAGUUUAUAUGGUCUAUAUGAACAAAAGGUGGCGGCUUUAGUCCAACCCGAGGCCAUUGAAGUAUGUAAAAGUCUUAAAAGAGUGCAAUAUCACGAAGGGUCAACGAAGUCUGUUCAUCUGGCAGGAGGCAUCAAUGGAGAAACAACAUUAGGGGCCCCUCAUGUUGAGAAAGAGCCAUUAACAAUGGGAACCACAUUGUUUGAAUUGUAUUUGGCCCUCCAAAGAUUUCUGACACUAGGCGAAGGUUUAAACGAAACAGGAUGGAACUCCUAUGCCAUUUCCAAGUUUCAUUCAUGGUUUUAUGGCGGCGUGGCCCAAUGGUUACAGAUUGCCGCAUUCAAAGCUCUGACUCGAAUAGAAAAAGCAGUAGAGUUAGAUACCCUGCUCCCUGUGGACACCAAUGUCAAGUAUAGCAGUUCUGGUGUGGACACACUGGCAAUAUUCUAUCAGAUUAAAAUAUUCUGGGAGCAACUGGCUUGGCCUGACGUCGAGGGCCGUUACACUUUUGUAGCAAAAAUUAUUGAUGAUAUCUGCCGAUGCUGUGUCUUUUACUCAGAACGCAUGGCGGCACGAGUGGAGGAACGUGACGUGAGCGGUGAAGUGAGUUCGGUAUACGAGCGACGCUUCGAGGUCACCACCGAGUGGUGUGUUGCCGUCAACAACAUUGACUAUGUACGGCAGAGUCUUCCAUCCUUCACUGCCGAGCUCGCAAUUGACGAUAUCGUAGAGAAAAUGUGUGAGGCCAGAUCGCCUACUGAAGCGCAGAGAUGCAAAGACACAUUACAAAAUGUUAUCAGCAACGCCAUAGACACCGUGAAGAACAAUAUUGUAGAUUUAUUAGCAGUUAUGGUGAAAAGAAUGAUGCCAUCAGUGACUCGACUACUUCUGGAAGGCGCUGAGUUACUUCAUCAGGACUGUUCAAGUAUGGAUCGGGUGAUGCGUUAUAUAGACACCAACCUCGAUACAUUGUACCAGCACUUGAACAAUGAGAACUUCGCCAGAGUUCUGGACAUAGUGUGGGAACAGCUUGCAGAAGUAUUAUAUGAACUUAUACAGUCUAAUUUAGAGAAUCGAAAGCCAAAGAUAAGCAUACAUAAGAGCCAGGAAAGCUUGAAUGAAAAGACUGCAAACUACUUACGCGCGAAGCGUCGUCCGCCGGCAUUCUUUUCGAAUCUACACGAAUGUUUGAAAGUCAUGAUACAAUCAUUCCGUCCAAAUAAUAAUAAAGAAGCAUAUACGUCAGAUACUUUGAAAAGAGUAGAAUAUUUAUUAAAAAUUCAUGGUAUGGAAACGAAAGAAUUAAUACACCAAUACCACUUGGAGAGGUGGCAGGAACAACAAGCUAUUGUGGAGCCCAACAAUGGUUUGCUUACUGUACGCGCUCAGUUUAAUGCGGACAAUUUAAAGAUAGAAAUUAUGAACGCAAGGAAUUUGACGCCCACUGAUUCGAAUGGUUUAUGCGACUCAUAUGUGAAGAUAUAUCUAUUACCGGAGGACACGUUUGCGAAUGUUGUGAGUCCGAAGACUCAAACCCACAACAAGAAUCUCUUUCCGCUUUAUGAUGAGGUGUUCCAAAUACCACUCACUUCCGAGCAGCGUAACACUAGCGACGGAAUCAUCCACAUGGUGAUAAAGGACAAGGAUAUGUUCCUGAACAAUACAUUCGUGGGCGAGGCGUACCUCCAUUUCAGUGACGUGCCUGAUACACCAGCGCCCAUCAGUAGCCUGCCGCAGCAACAUCUUCCGCUCAUCAGACCCGGUAAUAUUGAAGGAGAUGCCAUCAAAGUACUGGAGUCACGACAGGGCGAUAAACAAGCGAGAGAUUUCCUUAAGAAACAAAAACAGAAAAUACCCGGCAAGCAGUUCUUUUCACUAGGUUGAAUACUUUCAUAUAAUAAUAUACCUAAAAUAAAUUCGAUUACUUAGUCAAAAUCAAUAAUGGAAAGUCUUACUUAGUGGAUAGGAAUUACGCCAAAUGCAAGAUAAUAAAUUGCAGACAAUACUACUUGCUGGAGUUUAUAAAGUAGGAUAUUUAUAGAACUGACUUGAAGUUCAUUAUAUAAAUAUAAUAUAUUAAAAAAUAAUAAACUUACUCUGUAACAAUUCUGUUAAAAAACAGAAAAGAAUCGAACUAAUUGCGCGAGGACUUUAUACCUUAACUUACUGUUACGUGAUUGGUGGUUAAUUAAUAUUUAAAGUCUUUUCUAUUUUUUUAUAUACAUAUGUUAAAUAUUAAUUAUCUCCCAAAUAUCGUGAUUUUAAUAAGUAAUGAGGCAAAUAUCAAUAUUUACCUAUUAGUGAAUAGAUGAGUUACAUGUAAAGUAAUAAAGGCUAUUUACCUAAUGUGCAACAAGAUGAUAGUGCACAAUAUUUAAUGCCAAACCUGUACUUGUACUAUAAACUAGGCUACCAUUAGUAGCUAGUACUUAUUACUCCUUAAAUAUAAUAAAAAACUAUAGAUGAGAUACCACCAGUAUCGAAAUAAAUGACUUGAUGUGUCGUAUAGAUAUGUUACAUAUUUGAUAUUUAAUAUAUUACGGAAACUAUAUGUACAUCACAAAAUUAUACCUAGUAUAUAUAGAUAUGGAACGAUAAAUUAAUAUCAAGUAAGAGCUAAAGUAUAUUAAUUUUAAUACUUAUAAGAGAAUCUCGGUGGAUUUUUUAAAAUAAAAUAUAUACAUGUUACUCGAUUGAAUUAUAAAGUCGGAUAAGUAUUUUUUAAGUUUAGAAAUUCAAACAAAAAGUAGUAUCUUGGUCUUUAUAAUUAUAAGUUAAGAUAGAUUGUAUAAUUUCGGCUGAAUCGCAAAUAUCUCGUAGUGAAGUUAAGUCUAUUUUAGUGUAAUUGAAUGAAUAUGUCCAAACGUUUGAGCAAUAUCAUCGCAAUAUUUUUAAUAAUAAGAGGAUGAUAAUGAUGAUGGAAUGACACUGAAAGAGGAUUGUGGUCAAUUUGUGGUUGAUAACUUAUGAAAGUAGGUACAUACAACGUAUGAUAGAAUUAAUGCAACUCCUUUUACACUGCAAUUAGAAAUAAAUAACCAUAUUUAAAAAUUACUGUAACGUGUAAUAUUUUUGAAACUGUGUGUCAUGAACCUUGUGAGGCCGUGAAUCCGUACUACGAUGAUGGCUAACAAGCAUACGGCGCAUCUGAUUUGUUAGUCUUAUCUACAUUAAUUAAGUGAUUUAAAAGCCAUAAAUAAUAAUAGUACAUCGUGUAGUAUUAAUGAUUAUUUUCCUAGGAUUUAAUUUAGUCAUAUUCUGUGAAUAUUUUAAAAUAACUAAAGAAUAUUAUGGUUAUAUCGAGUGAUUUUUAUUUCAAUUCCAGAGAUUGCGUUAUCUAUUGUAGUGUGUUGUAUAUAGUACAUAUUUCCAUAACGGUUGACCAUGAUUUACUCUUUCUGUCAAUAAGGCGCUAUUUCCCCCGGAUUUCUAAUUUGAUAUUCAAAUAACAAAUUUAUAUUUGAAAGUAUUAAUUUAAAUUAAUUGCAGUUUUAUAGUUGCCCUAAUAGGCUUAAAUAACAAAUUAUUUUAGUAAUUCGGGUAUACGCUAUAGAUUACGCCAAUUUUUUUACGACGCAUUCUUUUAUACAUAUAUUAAUUAAUACUAAGUUAGUUGUUGCUGUGAUAGAGAGUCGUGCCUUUUACUAUUUAUUCUUAUAUGUAUAUAAUUUUUCCAUUUUGCAUGUGAGAAAAUAUCUUACUAAGUAAGUAGUAUAUUUAAAAAAUAUGUUGUUUUAAUCUUUAUUGUUUAUAUUUUUUAAAUUCUUUAUAAAAUAUAAUAAUUGAAACGAUUAUUAAAACCCAAACCUCUUUCUUGAGAUAGACAAAAUAAAUUGAUAAAUCAUACAACCCUUAUUUUUUUUACAUGUACUUCAUGUAAAACUGGGCAUAAAAAUUUCUGGAUUAUGUAUAUUUUUUUGUCACACUAAAUUCUCCAGCAAAAAAAGGUUCCUUGUGUAUUCUUUUUUAUUGUAAAUAAAAUAAU